AUGGGCGUAAAUGUCAUCGGACCCCUCCUCUUUACGCAACUCCUUCUGCCUCAGCUCCGCGCAGCCGCUGCCUCCUCUCCCAAGAACAGCGUCCGCAUUGUCUGGACGAGUUCUAUGAUGAUGGAGAGUACAGCCCCACCAGGCGGAUACAACCUGCAAGACAUCGAGAAGGGUGGCACCAAAGACACGCACACCAACUAUGCCACCUCCAAGGCAGCCAACUGGAUAUUAGCAGUCGAAGCUGGCGCGCGAUGGGGCGGCGACGGCAUCUUGAGCGUGUCAGAAUCCGGGAAAUCUGAAGACGAAUAUCUAUCAUACACAGCCUAA